GUACUUGAUGCUGUAUUGAAAGACAUCUGUCAUGCACUUUUGGAAGCUGACGUAAAUGUUCGCCUGGUCAGAAGUUUGAGAAAUAAUGGGUCAACAUUCAAGAUCUUGCCGCUGGAAUUAAUAAGAGGAGAGUUAUACAAAAAGUACGUUAAUACUGUUUUAGAUGAGCUUUGUAGACUUGUUGGACCUGGUACUGAACCAUAUAAACCAAAGAAAGAUGCAAACAAUAUUAUUAUUCUUGCAAUAAUUCCUUGGCAUAUCAUUAUCAACGUAAAGGUUGGAAAGUAUACAUUUCGUGCUGAUGCAUUUGAUCAAUUGAAACAAAAUGCUACUAAAGCAAAAAUAGGAAG